CUUCACUGAUGGCACCACAAGACAGAGAUGGAUCCAAAGUUGCACUCACUUUGGCUUUCUUCUUUUUCUUCAUUGUUCUACUUCCUCAGUCAGGUGGAUCUGUGAUGUCUGAUAGAAGAAAUAGUUUGAUGAUGGGGUCAAAACCUCCAGCUUGUGGAAACAAGUGCAUGAAUUGUAGGCCUUGCACAGCAACUGUGGUGAUUCCUAAUCACAAGACCAAAGGUUUCAUGGCUUCCUCUCACCGCCAGGAUGAUACCUAUUACCUCCUUUCAUGGAAAUGCAGAUGUGGAGAUAAGUUCUUUCAGCCAUAAGAAUCAACCCUACAUCUUCCUUUAACCCUAUAUCUAUGUAUAUUAUUUUUCAAUCCAUAAUAUUACUAUAGACCC